UUUAUGCCAGCCCACUAGUCCGAUUUUCUGGAUGGAAGAGGAAGAUCAAAAGGAGCUGCAGCUACUCCCAACUCCACCCUCCAAAACGGCGCCGUCGCCGCCACUGUCGUCUCAGAGACUAUCAAGGUUCCCGCCGUCGGAUUCCUGCAUAAAAGUAAGUCGAUCGAGCGGUCACGAUGAUCUCUACGAAGGUCCAUCAGUAGACCUGCAACUCUCGAUCAGCUUGCGCCCAAUACAGGGGACGUCAAAUUGCGUGUUGAACGUGAAGGGCGGCGGCGGGGGAGACGCCGGGUGCGUGGAAGCGUUGAAAUGGCAGGCGGCGGAGCAAAUCAGAUUGGCGGCGAUAGAGAAGGCGUAUGCAGAGAGAGUGAGGGAGCUGACGAGGAGGGAAAUGGAGUUGGCGCAAUCGGAAUUCGCGAGAGCCAGACAGUUGUGGGAGAGAGCGAGAGAAGAAGUGGAGAAAGCUGAGAGGAUCAAGGAAAGAGCUACUCGUCAGAUUGAUUCUACGUGCAUGGAAAUCACUUGUCAUUCUUGCAGGCAAAGGUUUAGGCCUUGACUUUAUAUAUAUAUAUAUA